AUGAAGAGGGUUAAGAAGGAGAACGAUCCACAGAUACGAGACGACAACACAUCCAUGGUUGAUCUUCCUCGAGAUCUUAUCGAAAAGAUUCUUUUGAACUUGCCGGCUAAAUCCAUACCAAAGCUCAUCGUCGUCUCGAAGCUCUGGUCUUCUAUCAUCCGCAGCAAACAUUUCAUCGAUCUAUACCUGAAACAAUCUUUAACUCGUCCACGUUUUCUCCUCUCGUUCCACCGUGACAGCAUCCGGUUCUUCAACUCAGUCUCACCGUCUUCUUCUUCUUACACUUGUACAACAUCAAGCUUUCUUGAUUAUAAGCGGCUCUGUUCACAAGGUUACAACGUUUCUCCACCUGUACGCGGAUUGAUCUGUUGUCAAGAUUUGGAUAAGAUGGUGGUUUUGAAUCCUAGCACGGGCCAGCUCUUGGUUUUACCAAAACUCAACACUAGGAGAAAACUAGGGAUAUCAAGUUUUUUGGGAUACGAUCCGGUUGAAGAUGAAUACAAAGUCUUGUGCAUGACGACGGUAUUGAAACUUUCUGGACCGGUUGUGGGCGAAGAGCAUCAAGUUUUCACUUUACGUGGAGGAGCUGAGAAGAAGGAGAAAGAAGAAGCUACAUGGAGGAUGAUCAAAUGUAAGGUUCCGCAUUGUCCUGCAACCAAAGGGAUAUGUAUGACGACGACGACGAAUGGUGUUAUUUACUACGGAGCUUUGUCCAAUAGUGUUAGAGAUAAACACGAAUCUCUAAUUGUGUGCUUUGAUGUGAAAUUGGAAGAGUUUUCUCUUGUUAAGUUACCCGAUGGUGUCGAAAUUGAAAGUCAUGAUCAAUCUGAUUUGGUCAACUACCAGGGGAAGAUAGCUUUGUUGAGUAACUCAUGGUUUUGGAAGAUGUCUUCAAACCAGAAUGGUCAAAGAUCUCUAUCGUGGUUCCUUCUUGGGAUGAUUUAG